CUGGGGCUGAUAUGGGGCGAGACGGCAGCCUGGGCAGCCAGCCCUUGUUAGCAUCACCUCUCGCCACGCUGAUGGACACAGCGUGCCCCAGAGAGCCGGAGCGCGCCGGCUGCCUGUCAGAGCUGCUCACAUCUCCCCGGCUGCCCACACCGACUGCAGCCUCGUCUGACAGCCCGAGCCAGGAUAUUAAACCCCCCCGAGCAUCACGGCAGCCCCAGCGCUGGCCACAGCGGGGGAUCCCUGGGGGGGGGGCGGUGAGGGGCAGCUGCCCCAUCCCUGCAACCCACUGGGUCCCCUCUCUUGUCACCCCAGUCUGCGGCAGCAUGGACAUCCGCAACGACGUCUCCCAGCUCCAGAAGCUGGAGAACUGCUCCAUCAUCGAGGGCAACCUGCAGAUCCUGCUCAUGUUCACCACGGGUGCCGAGGACUUUCGGGGGCUCAGCUUCCCUCGCCUGUCAAUGAUCACCGAGUACCUGCUCCUCUUCCGCGUCUAUGGGCUGGAGAGCCUGCGGGAUCUCUUCCCCAACCUCUCCGUCAUCCGUGGGCACCAACCUCUUCUUCAGCUAUGCCCUUGGGUCAUCUUUGAGAUGCCACAUCUGCGGGACGUGGGGCUGCACAGCCUGGGUCACAUCCUGCGCGGCUCGGUCCGCAUCGAACGCAACCAGGAGCUUUGCCACCUCUCCACCAUUGACUGGGGGGCUGCUGCUCCGACGCCGGUGGACAACACCUACAUCGUCGGCAAUAAGUUGGCCGAAGAGUGCGCCGACGUCUGCCCGGGCAUCCUCGACGUGGAAAGCCCGUGUGCGCAGACCAGCGUCAAUGGGCAGCUGGAUUAUCGCUGCUGGACAUCCAGCUACUGCCAGAAAGUGUGCCCAUGUGGCGUGGGCUCGGCAUGCACGGCGGUAGGCGAGUGCUGCCAUGCCGAGUGCUUGGGGGGCUGCGGGCGACCCCGCGACAACCGAGCCUGCGUUGCCUGCCGCCACUUCCACUUCAACGGGCACUGCCUGCCCUCCUGCCCGCCCCGCACCUAUGAGUACGAGGGCUGGCGCUGCGUCACCGCCGAGACCUGUGCCAGCCUCCGCAAGGUCUCUGACAACCCCCGUGAUGCGUCCAAGUUCGUCAUCCACCAGCAGCAGUGCCUCUCCGAGUGUCCCUCGGGCUACAUCAGGAAUGAAAGCAGCAUCUUCUGCCACAAGUGUGAGGGGCUGUGCCCCAAGGAGUGCAAGGUGGGCACCAAAACCAUUGACUCGACGCGGGCAGCGCAGGAGCUGGGGGGCUGCACCCUCGUCGAGGGCAACCUCAUUGUGAACAUCCGUCGGGGCUAUAACCUGGCCUCGGAGCUGCAGAGCAGCCUGGGGCUUAUCGAGACCAUCACGGGCUUCCUGAAGAUCAAGCACUCCUUUGCCCUUGUCUCCUUGUCCUUCUUCAAGAACCUCAAGCUGAUCCGCGGUGACUCCAUGGUGGACGGGAAUUACACCCUGUACGUCCUGGAUAACCAGAACCUGCAGCAGCUCUGGGAUUGGAGCCACCACGUCCUCUCCAUCCCCGUGGGCAAGAUGUACUUCGCUUUCAACCCCAAGCUGUGCCUGGCCGAGAUCUACCGCAUGGAGGAGGUGACGGGCACCAAGGGGCGGCAGAACAAGGCAGAGAUCAACCCCGCACCAACGGGGGACCGGGCGUCCUGCAAGACCCAGACCCUGCGCUUCAUCUCCAACGUCACCGAGUCCGAUCGCAUCUUCCUGAAGUGGGAGCGGUACCGGCCCCCCGAGUACCGUGAUCUCCUCAGCUUCAUCGUCUACUACAAGGAGUCAUGUGGGGCAGACCCCUUCCAGAAUGUGUCAGAGUACGUGGGGCAGGAUGCCUGUGGGGCGCAGAGCUGGAAUGUGCUGGACGUGGAGCUGCCGCUCAGCAGCGAGCAGGAGCCGGGGGUGACGCUGCUCAACCUCCGCCCCUGGACCCAAUACGCCAUCUUCGUCCGUUGCCAUCACCCUCACCACUGCCGAGGAAGGAGACGUAACUACGGGGCACAGAGCGAGGUGGUCUACAUCCGCACCAUGCCAGCGGCCCCGACGGUUCCCCGGGAUGUCAUCUCCAUGUCCAACUCCUCCUCCCACAUCGUGGUGCGCUGGAAGCCGCCCACACAACGCAACGGCAACAUCACCUACUACCUGGUGCUGUGGCAGCAGCUGGCCGAGGACAUGGAGCUCUACGUCAAUGACUACUGCCACAAAGGGCUGAAGUUGCCCACCAGCAGUGCGGACACCCGCUUUGGAGAUGGGGACAGUCCCGAGGUGGAGCAGGACACGGAGGAGCGGUGCUGUCCCUGCCGCCCCGCCGAUGGGCAGCUCCGCAUGGAGGGGGAAGCUGAGUCCUUCCAGAAGAAGUUUGAGAACUUCCUUCACAACUCCAUCAUCAUCCCCAGACCCCCCUGGAAGGUGACAUCCAUCAACAAGAACCCACAGAGGUGAGCGGGGACCACACGCCGCGCCGGGGGCGAGCCCAAACCCGACUUCCAGAUCUUCGAGGACAAGGUGGUGCGUGACCGAGCGGUGCUGUCGCGGCUGCGGCACUUCACCGAGUACCGCAUCGACAUCCAUGCCUGCAACCACGCCGCGCACACCGUGGGCUGCAGCGCUGCCACCUUCGUCUUUGCCAGGACCAUGCCUGAGCUGCAAGCUGAUAACAUUCCUGGCAACGUCACGUGGGAGCCGGCUGGCAAGAACAGUGUCCUGCUGCGUUGGGAAGAGCCCAAGAACCCCAAUGGGCUCAUCCUCAAGUAUGAGAUCAAGUACAGCCGUGAGAGCGAAGUCACCACCGUGGUCUGUGUCUCCCGUCACCGUUACUCCAAGUACGGGGGGGUCCACCUGGCUCUGCUCCAGCCAGGAAAUUACUCAGCCAAGGUCCGGGCCACCUCACUGGCUGGCAACGGCUCGUGGACGGGGCUCGUCAAGUUUUACAUCCUGGGGCCAGCUGAGGAGGAGUCUGGCAGCUUCUACGUCCUGCUUACCGUCACGCCGGUGGUCCUCAUGGUGCUCAUCUCCUGCCUUGCCGUCUUCGUCUUCUUCUACAACAAGAAGAGGUACGGGACGCUCUACGCCUCCGUCAACCCCGAGUACUUCAGUGCCUCAGACAUGUACAUGCCUGAUGAGUGGGAGGUGUCACGGGAGAAGAUCACGGUGAUCCGGGAGCUGGGGCAGGGCUCCUUCGGGAUGGUGUACGAGGGGCUGGCGCUGGGGCUGACUGCUGAGGGUGAGGAGACCAAGGUGGCCCUGAAGACGGUCAACGAGUUGGCCACCAUGCGAGAGCGCAUUGAGUUUCUCAACGAGGCCUCUGUCAUGAAAGCCUUCAAGUGCCACCACGUGGUCCGUCUGCUCGGCGUCGUGUCCCAGGGCCAGCCAGCCUUGGUCAUCAUGGAGCUGAUGACGCGUGGGGACCUGAAGAGCUACCUGCGCUCGCUCCGACCUGACGCCGAGAACAACCCCGGGCUGCCACUGCCGUCGCUCAGGGACAUGAUCCAGAUGGCGGGGGAGAUCGCCGACGGCAUGGCGUACCUCAACGCCAACAAGUUCGUCCAUCGGGACCUGGCGGCCCGCAACUGCAUGGUGUCCGAGGACUUCACUGUCAAGAUUGGAGAUUUCGGCAUGACCCGCGAUAUCUACGAGACAGAUUAUUAUCGGAAAGGGGGCAAGGGGCUGCUCCCCGUCCGCUGGAUGUCCCCUGAAGCCCUCAAAGAUGGCAUCUUCAACACCCAGUCCGACGUCUGGUCCUUCGGGGUGGUGCUGUGGGAGAUCGCCACGCUGGCCGAGCAGCCCUACCAGGGCAUGUCCAACGAGCAGGUCCUGCGCUUCGUCAUGGACAACGGCGUCCUGGAGCGGCCGGAAAACUGCCCCGACAAACUCCACGAGCUGAUGUGCCUGUGCUGGCAGCAGAACCCGCGCCUGCGUCCCUCCUUCGUCCAGCUCCUGGAGAGCAUCAAGGACCACAUGGCGCCCGCCUUCCGCACCCUCUCCUUCUUCUACAGCUCCGAGAACCGCCGGCGCGGCUCGGGCGAACCCUCUGAAUCCGAGACGGAUCAGACCCCCGGGGAGGACGAGCCCCCCGCCUCUCCCCUGCCCACCCACACGGACAGCAGCCCUGGCCGGCUCCCCAAUGGGACGGCCUGAU